AUGCCAGUAAAAUUUGAAAAGGAUUCGACAACAAAAAUCGCUCUGGUCAUCAUCCUCACCAGAGCAGGUCUCGAUUUGGACCCGAACGCCCUGAAGAGGUUGAAGGUCACUGUACCGAAACUCGGUUUAAUUCCAUGGGUCGUCGAGGCAGUUGUGGUGGCCAUGCUGACAAAAUAUCUGCUUGGCUUGCCCUGGAUAUGGGGUUUUCUGCUCGGGAGUGUCGUAGCUGCUGUUUCACCAGCUGUCGUGGUGCCUUGUCUCUUCAGGCUACGUGGCAAGGGUUACGGAGUUGCCAAGGGCAUUCCGACGUUAAUCAUUGCUAUUUCUGGGAUCGAUGACGCAGCGUCAGUGGCGAUCCACGGAAUCGUGAAGAGUAUCAUGUUCUCCCAUGAUGCGCUAUGGUACCAAAUCCUCCAAGGCCCCAUCGCCAUUAUCGGAGGCUUAGGAUUCGGUGUCCUGUGGGGCUGGCUGGCCAAAUACGUUCCAGAAAAGGGCGACCCGUACAUGGUGCCCAUGAGAGUACUGAUGUUACUAGGAGGUGGACUGCUGGCAGUGUUUGGAAGCGAAGCAAUCGAGCUUGGUGGCGCUGGACCCUUGGCAGUGGUCGCGGCCGCCUUUAUCAGCUGUUACUUCUGGCAGAAACAGGGCUGGGAAGUCGACGACAACCCAGUGGCGACAGCUUUCGAGAUUUUCUGGAUGAUCUUCGAGCCGAUCCUGUUCGCCGUGACGGGCGCCCAGAUAAAAAUCGACGAGCUCGAUGGAAGAACAGUUUACAUCGGGAUCGGGUGUCUGCUGACGGCGAUCGUGAUACGAAUCGUGACGACGGUUCUGGUUGGAAUCGGCUCGAAGCUGAACCUGAAGGAGAAGAUCUUCAUCGCGUUCGCCUGCAUGGCGAAAGCCACCGUCCAGGCGGCCCUGGGCUCCGCCACCCUCGACAAGGUCGACCCUAACGACCCGCAACAGGUGAUGUACGCAGAGACGGUGGUGAUGAUAUGCGUGCUCUCGAUCUUGCUCACAGCCCCGGCGGGAGCCAUCAUUAUCACACUCUCAGGACCGAAACUCCUCACAAAGACCACAACGCCGGUCGCUCCGCCGGAAGCUUGGAAAGCGCGCAGACCAUCCAUUCGUGACAUUUCCAUCAUCAACGAGGACCCCGAUCUCGAGGAGACCGCAAACGAGAGGAAACCCUGAGACGAACGUGAUCCGUGUUCACGUUGAACGUUCUAUUUUCUUAAGGUCAUGCAACGCUCAGCAAAAGAAUAUUUUCAAAAUCUCCAUCCAAGCUUCGGUCGUUUAUGUUUCAUUCCCUCGAUUCAAAUAUAUUCGUUGC